GUGUUUUGCAUUCUACCGUUUAGCGCCCCUGGCAAGGACAAAGUUAAAAUGUGCAGUGGAAACAGAUUAGAGUGACCUCCCUUUGGAAAACAAACGAUCAUGGCAAAAUUUGCACAGAAAGUGGUUCUCAUAACAGGUGCCAGUGCUGGUAUUGGGGAGGGAAUUGCUCUACAUUUUGCCUCCUUGGGUGCCCAGCUUUCAUUGACAGGUAGAAAUAAAGAGGAACUCUCACGUGUAGCUAAGCAAUGUCAAGAAAAUGGAUUGACAGACGAACAGAUAUUAAUACAAGAGGGCGACCUUACAUCUGCAGAAUUUAGAAGCAAACUGUUGAAAAAUACUGUUGAUAAAUUUAAGAGGCUAGAUGUUCUGGUUAAUAACGCGGGAACAAUGCACUAUGCAAAAACCACAGAAACGACAGAAGAUAUGUAUGAUGCGAUGAUGGACACAAACACAAAAUGUCACUUUUUUCUCUCCAGGGAUUCCAUACCAUACUUGAAAGAAUCAAAAGGAAACAUAGUGAAUAUUUCAAGUAUCUGUGGUCCAAAACCGAUGGCGGAAGUCGCAGUAUAUUGUAUGAGUAAAGCAGCCUUGGACAUGUUCACACAAUGUCUCUCUUUAGAGUUGGCCCCCUUUGGCGUACGAGUUAAUGCAGUAAAUCCCGGAACUGUGGUUAGCAAGAUAGCGAGACGUGAACACUCGGCGUAUCAAGAAGAUGAAAAGUAUCAAAGGUUUUUGGAAAUGCAGAAAUCUAAACAUCCCAUUGGACGAGUUGGAUUACCGGUGGACAUAGCGAAGUCCGUGGCAUUUCUAGCGUCUGAGGACGCCUCCUUCAUCACAGGACAGAUUCUAUUCGUGGACGGUGGGCGCCAUUGUGUGUCGUCUGCUGUUGCUACAAAUGUUAAAUGAGAUGUCAUUUUGUUAUAAUGUACAUGAGUCAUUAGCAUUUAAUGUAAAUUAUAGUGAAAAAUAAAAUAUUUGAAAUUG